UUGGCGCCUUUUUGGGUUAUUUCACACUUUAGAAAUUUAUAUCAUCUGGUUUCUUUUUUAAAAACCGUUUUUUCAUGUGUCAAUUUGUUUUGUAAUUGCAAAUCUUAAAUGUAUCUUAGAGGACACAUACGAUGCUGCUAUGUAAUCAUUAAUUUUUUUUCUGGUUGAUGGGAGAUGUAAUGUCAUGGAUCGUUCAUACUAUUUGGUACAACCAAUUUUCAAUGUUGAAAAUUAGAUAUAUGACAUGUAGCCUACAUUGUGGUCGUACUCGUUCCUGGCCUCAGAUUUGGGUAUAGAGUGUUUUUGAUAGAGCCAUUGAUGAUAUGAUAAUUAAGUAGAUCAUCAACCCCAUGGUUGAUAUUAGUAUAGCACUAUGUUGGGUCGAUGUAUACAUAUAGAUAAACUGCAUGGCACUCGCAGAAAUUGAGAUGACAGUUUGGUCUUCUAUGAUAUGGUUUAUAGAUCCCUCAGCAUGCAUGCUCCAAACUAUGGUCAAUUCCAAAUGGGUCUGCAUAGUCCAUGCGACUGUGGCUUACAUGAAUUAUUCUGACGGAUGUGCGCUUGACCUGACCAGUUUGGUCCCCAGCAUCUUGUUAUGAAAAAAUAUAACCAAAUUUUAUCUUCCAAUAUUUUAGACAUCAAAUUGAGUUUUUUUCUUACGCGUCAAUGGAAUUCGCUGGUGGCUACCGGCUGCUGUUGCAAUUGAACCUCAUGCCGACAUAUCCUAUGUUUAUUUUUUUGUUCUUUCUAUACAUCAUGGACGGACUCGCUCCUCAAUUGAAAAGUCUUAGGUCAUUUCUUUAGCUUUUGUAUUGAUUACACGCAUUAUGACAUGUAUUAAAAUAUUUAGUUCUUAUAGAUUAAAAUACUGGGAAACUUAUUCAUCCACAACACAAUCGACAAAAUUUAUUUUAAAAAAUAAUAUUAUAUUAUAUAAUUGGUCUAUUAUGUGAUGUUGACUACGAACUUGUCAAUGAUUAAUAUCAAUAAAAUAUGAACUAGUGACUUUGGAAAUAGAAGAUAUCCACAAAACUCGUAAUGGAAAAGGAGACUUGGACACAUUUGAAUCUUCACAAAAGAAACCCCACAUAUAUUUUCCCUUAAUUAAAAAGGAAACUCUGCGAAUAAGAAAAGUGAAUAAAACUUUGACGACUAUAAGAACCAAGACUCACAUAAUUAAUCAAGCAACCCACUUUUUUAUUUCUUCUUUUCUUCUGCCAAAAGAGGAUGGCAAAACUCAAAUCUCUAAUAAUCGGAAAAGUCAAAGACAAAGCUUCAAUAUGCAAAGCCAGUUUGUUCUAUAGUUUCAGUUCGAAGUCGGUCAAAUAUAUUCACUUAGCCCUUUUGAAGUCAACGACUCAUACUUCUCAUAAACCACCCGAUAGCAACUACAUCUCCGACGUCGUCUCUUACUCCAAUGGUCGUCAUGCCCCGGUAGCUUUUGGGGCGGUUAUGUGGAGGUUACAAGUCACAAAGAAUGCUUUUGUGGCCAUCAAGUCUCUCAUAGUCUUCCACAUACUUAUCAAAUCAUCGAGAUACAAGUUUGAAGGACUUGAUCGCGGUAGAAACAGUCUGAAACUGAAUGAUUUCUCAGACCUAUCUUCUAAUCUCACAAUAGAAUUAUCACCAUGGAUCAUAUGGUAUGGACGAUAUUUGGAUAGUCUCUCGUGGAUUUUGAAGGUAGCAGGGUCUUUUCCAAAUUUAAUGGAGAGCUCAAAAGAGAAAUCUAAAGAGAAAGAUUGUGUUUCGUCUUACCAAACCGGGUACAUAAUGAGACAGACCGACUCUCUUGUGACUUUCCUUGAGCAUAUAUGUACUAGACCGGAUACUCCACUUUUGUUCCAGAACAAGAUCGUGGACGAGAUCAGAGAGCUCGUGAUUCAAGACUACUUUACGGUUGUAAUAUUGGUUAUGAUACGGCUUCAAGUGUUGAAUGAAAGAUUGACUAAACCGGAACCGGUUGGUGAUUCCAGUUUGAACGAUUUAAGGUUGGUUUUGAUGAGACUUGAAGAAUGCAAGGAGAGUUUGAGAGGAUUUUUCUGGCGUUAUAGACGUUUGGCAGAAGAUUUCUGGUGUUUGGUUGAAACAUUGAAGGCCGAUAUGGUACAUAGCGAUAAGGAGAUGGUUAACUUUACCGGUUUGGUUCAGACAACGGUUAAGGACGAUGAGGAGAUGGUUGAACUAGCAAGUUCGGUUCAGACCGAAUGGGUAACAUUCGACGACUCUGAGAUAGCAAUGAGCGAGUUGUUAAAACGGGAGUCCGAGUGGGAAACUUUUGAUGACUAGGCUUUGACGAAUGAACCGGUCCAGUUCAUCCUCUAUAAGUUAAGGUUUGAGAGCUGAUUGGCUCAGUUAGGUGAGAAAAUAUCCGGUUUACGCUUAGGUUGGCGUUUCACUAGUUUUGAAUUUUGUUUGUCUUGGAAUGGGAUUUUUUUUUUAAAUAAUAAUGCUUACUUCUUCCUCCCACGAAGACGAGUGUGUAUAAGUAAUUCCUUAUGUAAAGAAUUAAGAUUAUUAUGAAGUCAAGGUGUACUUAA